UCAUGCGCUCAGCAAACCGGUCGUCUCGCCGACAUAAUAAGGCAGGGCGAUAACCCAACGAAUCAGUUUGAGUACAUCGCGCGAGCCCUGUGACUGUGACAUAGUGUCGUUUGAUAACUUGAACAAUCUGUUGCGCGCUAUUUUUUAAUUCAAAUACUACAAACAUGUCGAAAAUAUACAACUUUGGUGCUGGCCCAGCCAAAAUGCCAGAAGAAGUUUACGAAAUCAUGAGGAAAGAACUAACAGACUUUGAUGGUUCUGGUAUAAGUUUACUUGAGACAAGUCACCGAACCAAGGCUUAUAUGCAAUUUAAUACAGAAGUACAAAAUGUUGUGAGAAGAUUAUUAAAUGUCCCUGCUAACUAUAAAAUCAUCUUUAUGGCUGGAGGUGGCACAGGAGAAUUCGCUGCUGUUCCUCUUAACUUGAUAUCCAGAACUGGAACUGCAGACUAUGUCGUUACUGGUGACUGGUCCGCAAAGGCAGCAAAAGAAGCUAAGAAAUAUGGCAAAGUGAACCUGGUACUACCUCCUCUUGAACGCUAUGAUCAAAUCCCUGACCAAUCCACGUGGAAUCUCGACCCCAACGCCUCAUAUGUACACAUUUGUGCCAACGAAACUAUACAUGGGGUGGAGUUUGACUUUAUUCCCGAUACUAAAGGCGUGCCAUUAGUUGCUGACAUGUCUUCAAAUAUUAUGUCAAGAAAAUUUGAUGUUUCUAAGUUCGGCGUGAUUUACGCAGGAGCACAGAAGAACAUCGGUACAUCUGGAGUAGCCUUAGUAAUCGUUAGAGAAGACUUGCUCAACCAAGCUCUGCCAAUAUGCCCCUCGUUGUUCGACUGGACUGCUAACGCUAAGGCCGACUCUAUUCUUAAUACUCCUCCUAUGUUUGCCAUCUACGUAAUGGGAAGAGUCCUACAAUGGGUAGAAAGGAACGGAGGUGUAGAAGCUAUGGAGAAAUUAGCCACGAAGAAAGCUUCCUUAAUAUACGAAACCAUUGAACAAUCCAACGGCUUCUAUUCCGCGCCCGUAGCUAAGAACGCGAGGAGUAAAAUGAACGUGCCAUUCAGAAUUGGAUCGCCACCCAAUGAAGAUUUAGAAAAAGAGUUUUUGAAGGGCGCUGAAGCUUUAAAACUUAUUCAGCUUAAAGGACACAGAAAUGUCGGCGGUAUCCGUGCAUCAAUCUACAAUGCAGUUUCAGUAGACGAGGUGGAAGUUCUAGCGAAAUUCAUGAAAGACUUCAUGAACAAACAUGCCAAGUAAUUUAUAAGUUUAUAUUUAUUGUUUUUUACUAAGUAUUCAACAUUUUAUGGCGAAUAUCGCGUAUUGUUUAAGUAAAAUUAAGUUUCAUGUAUUGGCUGUGCUGAGGUUUUUAUCGAAAAAUCAAUUAUAGUUUUUAAUACAAAA